CGACACUGCACGCGACUGACAGCGAGACAGACUGGAUUCGACCUCUCAAGGCAACACGAACACUUCUCACUGGCGGUACGACUUCUUUGACGGGCCUUUGAAUCUUUGGUCCCCUCUUGCCGUUCUCAACAGCACCACUCAGUCGCAACGACACGAUGGCUGCGACAGACGACGACGAAGCCUCGCAUGCGCGGCGUAACCAGCCUCCGCCGCUGUCCAGGGCCGAGGUCGACCAGCUCUACCGAAACGCUCGCCUCUCCCUUCCCGCCCCUUUGCGGAUUCCGAUGGCGUCGGUUCUGUCGUUCUUGGCUGGGUUCACUCUCGGCACGGCGAAUGGCGGGAAGAUGGCCGGCCUGCAGUUCCGCGCCGAGCAUGCGCACAAGCUGCCCACGACCACUACCGGCUGGUACUUGUACCACAAGAGCAAGAACUACCACAUGGCGUACGGAGGAAUACGCGAGGGCCUCCGGAUGGGGUUGAGAGUGUCGUUCUGGACAACGGCCAUGUUUGGCAUCGAGCAGAUGUUUGAUUCGUACCGCGGAACCGCCGACAUGCUCAAUACAAUAACAUCCUGCGUCACUGUAGCGGGGGGGUUCAGUCUUUGGAAUCGCUUCUCGUUGCCGAUGACGGCUCGAACUACAAAAGCCGCCCUCGUCGCUGGGUUUGUAUACGGAGGCCUGCAGGACAUCUUGGGCAUAGUAAGAGGCCGCCCCAUCAGAUAUGUCGACUGGGUUAGGCAGCGAUUAGGGUACCCCCGACGAGAAGACCCUAAAAUGCAAUAACGGGCAUCUGGCCUUGUCUCGCGACUUCCUGGUCCGUCCGGUGGACCGAAUGUGCUGAGAAGGG